UUAUAGGUUAAUUGGUGGCAGUGUCUGUUUCCUCUUCACCUUUUAACACACGGCUCUUCUUUCUCUGCCUUGCAUACCCGUCCAUCGCCAUUAACACACUUUUUCUCUUUCACCUUUACGCAUUUCAAGGUCUUCUCUUUGCUCUCUCUCUCUCUCUCAUCCAUGGAUUUCUCAUCUUCCAUGGCCAUUAAACCUUCUUCUUCGAGCUGUUCAUCGUUGUUUGCAAUCUCUCGAACCCAAAAUUCAAGACCCAAACCACUCCUUUUCAACUUUCAUGGAAUACCCAGAAACCAUCAAAACUCUUUCUUCAAGUCCCUUAAAUGCAUUCAAUCUCCUCCUCCUGGUUCUCUUCCUUCAAACCCCACUUCGUUUUCAUGCUCUGCUGUUACACUGUCACCGACCCAGACCUCCUAUCUCCCACCGCGGAAGCUUUCGACCCUCGUCGCCGAAUUUCAGUCCCUUCUAGAGCCUCUCGAUCGAGUCAAGCGUCUCCUUCACUACGCUUCUCUUCUCCCUCCUCUCCCGGCUUCAUCCCGGACUGAUUCGAACCGGGUUAUGGGCUGUACAGCCCGAGUUUGGCUCGACGCCCAGAUGGACUCCGAAGGGAACAUCAGAUUCUGGGCCGACAGUGAUUCCGAGAUUACCAAAGGGUUCUGUGCUUGCUUGGUUUCGGUUCUUGAUGGGGCGGGGCCGGAAGAAGUGUUGCAGUUGAAAACAGAGGAUUUAGCGGCGCUUAACGUCGGACUCCCCGGUGGUGAAAGGUCUCGUGUUAACACUUGGCAUAAUGUUUUAAUUAGUAUGCAGAAACGAACCAGGGCUUUGGUUGCUCAAAAGGAAAGAAAGACGCCAUUUGAGCCAUUUCCAUCAUUAGUGAUCACUGCUGAAGGUAUUCAGCCAAAGGGAACCUAUGCCGAGGCUCAGGCAAGGUAUUUAUCCCCUGACAAGUUAAAGGUGAAAGAACUUGUCCAUGUUCUUAAAGAGAAGCAAAUUGGUGUGGUUGCUCAUUUUUAUAUGGACCCUGAAGUGCAAGGCAUCUUAACUGCAGCUCAGAAAGAAUGGCCUCACAUUCAUAUAUCUGACUCAUUGGUGAUGGCUGAUUCAGCUGUUAAGAUGGUAAAAUCUGGAUGUAAAUUCAUCACUGUUUUGGGUGUUGAUUUUAUGUCAGAAAAUGUUCGGGCAAUUCUUGAUCAAGCUGGCUUUGGAGAGGUUGGUGUUUACAGGAUGUCAAAUGAACGCAUUGGUUGUUCUUUGGCUGAUGCUGCCGCUACUCCUGAUUAUAUGAACUAUCUUGAGUCAGCUUCUAACUCGCUUCCUUCCUUGCAUGUUGUUUACAUUAAUACGUCGCUAGAAACAAAAGCUUAUUCUCACGAGCUUGUACCUACAAUCACUUGUACUUCUUCAAAUGUUGUCCCAACCAUUCUCCAGGCUUUUGCUCAAGUUCCAGACUUAAAUAUAUGGUAUGGACCUGAUUCCUACAUGGGUGCCAAUAUUAAAGAAUUGUUCCAGCAGAUGACUUUGAUGUCCGAUGAGGAAAUUGCUGAAAUUCACCCAAAACAUAACAGAGACUCUAUUAAAUCAUUGCUACCUCGCCUGCACUAUUAUGAGAAUGGAGCAUGUAUUGUGCAUCAUCUUUUUGGGCAUGAAGUUGUAGAGAGGAUAAACGAAAUGUACUGUGAUGCAUUUCUCACAGCACAUUUUGAGGUUCCCGGAGAAAUGUUCUCAUUGGCAAUGGAAGCCAAGAGAAGAGGAAUGGGUGUCGUAGGCUCGACUCAAAACAUUUUGGAUUUCAUAAAACAAAGGGUUCAGGAAGCACUAGACAGAAACGUUGAUGACCACCUCCAAUUUGUCUUGGGUACAGAAUCGGGAAUGGUGACUUCAAUAGUUGCUGCAGUUCGCAGUUUGUUAGAUUCUUCAAACUCGACUUCUAGCACAAAAAUCAACGUUGAAAUUGUGUUUCCGGUCUCGUCAGACUCUAUGACAAAAACAUCUACAAGUGCAUCACCUGCACUUAUAUCAGUUAAAGCUGGUGAUGAUGUUAUACUCCCUGUUGUACCCGGAGUUGCAAGCGGUGAAGGAUGCUCUAUUCAUGGUGGCUGUGCAUCUUGUCCUUACAUGAAGAUGAACUCUCUUAGCUCGCUCUUAAACGUUUGCCACCAUUUGCCUGAUGAAAGAAACAACCUUAAAGCAUACGAAACCGAACGAUUCAAGUCGCAAACCCCACAAGGAAAAUCUAUUGCAGAUGUUGGAUGUCAGCCUAUACUGCAUAUGAGACACUUUCAGGCAAAGAAAGAACUGUCAGAGGAACUUGUCUACCAGGUUCUUGGUUCACACGGUAAUGGGAAAUAGGUGUAGCUAACCUGAGCUGGUAAAUGAACUGUAACCGGGUUUUGAUUAGGGAUAUUGAAUCCACCUGAGGUUCACAACAAAGUUUUAACGUACAACUUCAGUGAUAGAUUCUUUACUUCAUUAGCCGAAGUUGCUUAAAAUAAGAUUGAAGUGUUGAGCUCAGUGCUAGCUUUUACCGGUAAUUAAAUGGAUUCAAUCCUGAAUUAUUUUAUAGAGAUUGUAUCCCUGUUAGUUGACAGGGAAGAAAUCAUCUUCAAGACCAAUUCUUAUAAAAAUAACUUAUACCCUUACAGUUAAA